UCAACAAACCUAUUUUCCAAGUAAAUGUAUCCUGUGAAUAGAGAAAAAUGUGAAAAUUGUUUGCCGGUUUCUUGUUAAAUUAAUAAAUAAAUUACAGCCAUUUGAGGAAUUAUAGAAUAACAAGUCUGUACAUAUAUAACUUACAAUGAUGGCGAGACGGGGCGGAAAACGAAUUCGUAUGAAUGAUCCUCCUCCAGAAUAUGAAGAACAUGGGGAAGUGUUGAAUGAAAGUACAUCAGAUGGAGAUAGCCCUAUGAAACGAAUGACACGUCUGCGUGCUCGAGGAGGAGUGCGUGACAAGCCGCCAAUUAUUGAUGAUGAUGAAGACGACUUUUUUAUACCCGUGGCACGUAAACGCAAACCGCCCGGAACACGGAAACCGCCUGGCGAACGCCGGGAGCGUGUGGAGAGACCUCGAAAGGAGCACAUUGAAAAGGAACAGGAGCGUAUUGAUAUGGAAAGAGAUGUUACCACGGAUGAAAACAGUUUAUAUUUCAUUGUGCGGCAUUCCAAAUCGGCCAUAGCGAGUAUUGUUGAUGAUUGGAUUGAGAAAUACAAACAAAAUCGUGAUUCUGCCUUAAUUGCAUUAAUGCAAUUUUUUAUAAAUGCAAGUGGUUGCAAAGGCAAAAUAUCUGAAGAUAUGCCACAUCCAAUGGAACACACUGCUGUGAUACGCAAAAUGACUGAGGAAUUUGAUGAGGAAAGCGGCGAAUAUCCAUUGAUAAUGCCUGGGCAGCAAUGGAAAAAAUUCAAAAUGAAUUUUUGCGACUUUGUGCAAACUUUGGUAAAGCAGUGUCAAUAUUCUAUCAUUUACGAUCAGUUCCUUAUGGAUAAUGUGAUCUCACUUUUGACGGGUCUCUCUGAUUCGCAAGUGCGUGCAUUCCGUCAUACGGCUACUUUGGCGGCAAUGAAGUUAAUGACAGCGCUGGUGGAUGUAGCAUUGCUUGUCUCAAAUAACUUCGAAAAUGCUGCAAAACAAUACGAAGCUGAGCGCGUCAAGUCGCGAGAUCGCCGUGCUUCGGAUCGGUUGGAGUCAUUAAUGACGAAACGUGCCGAGCUUGAAGAGAAUAUGGAUGAAAUUAAAAAUAUGUUAACAUAUAUGUUUAAAUCCGUAUUUGUGCAUCGAUAUAGGGACACACUGCCGGAUAUACGUGCAAUUUGUAUGGCGGAAAUCGGCGUCUGGAUGGAAAAUUAUCCACAAAAUUUCCUCGACGACUCAUAUCUAAAAUACAUCGGAUGGACAUUACAUGACAAGGUCGGUGAAGUCCGCCUUCGGUGCCUGCAAGCGCUACUACCGUUAUAUGACAAAGAAGAACUGAAGGGAAAACUAGAGUUGUUUACUUCGAAAUUCAAAGAUCGUAUUGUUGCUAUGACUCUGGAUAAAGAAUUUGAGGUGGCAGUACAUGCAGUUAAAUUGGUGAUCAGUAUUUUAAAAAUCCACCCUGACAUUUUGGCCGACAAAGAUUGUGAAAUAGUCUACGAGCUUGUAUAUUCAUCGCAUCGCGGAGUAGCCCAGGCUGCAGCCGAGUUUUUAAAUGUACGACUUUUUCACUUAACUGCCGAUAUGGAAGAGACAAAAACGAGACGUGGUAAAAUACGGCUACCAAAUACACCCCUAAUACGAGAUUUAGUACAGUUCUUUAUUGAAUCUGAACUGCACGAACAUGGUGCCUACCUGGUGGACUCCUUCAUAGACAAUAAUGCCAUGGUCAAAGAUUGGGCUUGUAUGACCGAUCUACUUCUCGAAGAGCCUGGAAUUAACGAAGAGGUGCUAGACAACAAGCAGGAGUCAACACUUAUCGAAAUAAUGGUUAGCAGCGUGAAGCAGUCAGCGACAGGUGAAGCGCCCGUUGGACGCGCGAGUAAUCGUAAAAUUACAUUAAGUUCAAAGGAGCUUAAGGCAAUACAAGAUGAAAAAAUUCGACUGACUGAACAUUUUAUUAUAACACUGCCGCCUUUAUUGGAGAAAUACCAGGCGGACAGUGAAAAAUUGGCAAAUCUGUUGGCAGUGCCACAGUAUUUUGAAUUGGACAUAUAUACCACAAAUCGACAAGAAUCUAACUUGCAGGCUUUGUUGGAUAAAAUGAGUUACAUAAUGUCUGUACAUACGGACCGAGAAGUACUCGAGACCUGCGCUAAAACACUGGAGUACUUAUGCAGUGAGGGUAGUGCGACAUACACUCGCUGUGAUGUAGCCCGGUCGAAUAUUAUUGACAAUGCGGUUAAUAAAUAUAAAGAUGCCAUUGAUGACUGGCGAAAUUUGAUUGCUGGUGAAGAGCUACCCAAUGAAGAUGAAAUCUACAAUGUGACAAUAUCACUCAAAGUUAUUUCCAUCUUGUACGCUUCUCAUAAUCUCAAUAUUUGGAGUUUAUUUGAUUCAAUAUUCCAAGACGUGGAAGAAUGCCAGUCGAAAGAGAAUCCUGGGCGCACUUUACCCAACGAAGCGUUGGUCUAUUGCAUCGAGGCGUGCUACUUUUCGAUAAGUUGGGGCUUAUACUUUGUAGAAAAUCAAUGUGAAAGCAGUAAUAUACCUGUUGUAUGCGCUGAAUUGCGUGACAAUAUGGUUAAAUACAUGGCAGCAUGUAUCGAACUAACACGUAAUGGACCAUCGGAACAAAUUCAAGAAUCGGCCUACCAGUCUGUAUGUGAUCUUCUGAUAGUAUUUUCGGACCAACUUUCUAAAAAUGAAGAUGAAAAUAUACGCGCCUUGGAGUAUAAGUCAACACUGGACGAACAAUUAAUUUUAAAUAAUUUUAUCCAGCAUUAUGUUUUUACAAUCAAACCAGAAGUUGUUCAAGACGAGACACGAAUUGAAGAAUUACACAAAAAACGUAACUUCCUGGCGUCCUUCUGCAAAUUGGUUGUCUACAAUAUAAUACCCACAAAGAGUGCAGCUGGAAUGUUUAAACACUACGUGAAGUGUUACAAUGAGUAUGGCGACAUCAUUAAAGCCACACUUGGAAAGGCACGUGAAAUAAAUAAAGUAAACUUCGCCUUGACCUUACUGCUCAGCUUGAUUGCUGUUUUUAAAGACUUGCAGCAACAGUCUGAGAAUAGUGUAAUUUCAAAAAAUUCACAUGAGUUCUCUGACCUUAAGGAGUUGGCCAAACGUUUUGCACUGACUUUUGGGUUUGAUGCUAUUAAGAACCGUGAACAGGUCAUCGCCCUGCAUCGAGCUGGCAUACUUUUUGCCGUCGGUGAUAUACCUGAAGAUCCAGUAGCAGCACCUACACGACUUUUAUUCCUUGAAGUGUUAAAUGAAUUCAACAACAAAUUGCUAAAACAGGAUAAAAAGGUUAUAUUGAAUUUCCUCGAUCGCCGAAUAUCGCCGGGUAUGCCAUCGAGCAGAGCGGAAGAAUGGCAACCGCUUGUACUGUAUAGGAACUCCUUGCUGCAUGGUGAAACCGAUCAAGCGCCUGUGGCGAAGCGGGCUUAUGCGCGAAAGCGAAGGGAACACGAUGACGAAGACGAAGAAGAGGAAUAUGAAGAAGACCAUAAUGAUGCCUAAUUUUAAGUUAGUAGUAAUAGUAUUUUAAGAAGUAGUUUUUACAUAAAUUCCACUAUUACAUUGGCAUAAAGAGAAAUAAAUAUAAUUUUUACGCGGAGAUA